GCUCAAACGUUACAGAGAUGCCAAAGGUUGCGCUUAUAUUAGUCUUGUUCCUCACUUUCUCACUAUGUUUGGUUGAGAGCAGCUUUGUUGUUGUUGGAGGUGGUGCGGCAGCAAUAGGUGGUGGUGUUGCUGCUGCGGCUGGUGGUGCAGCUGCUGCUGCGGCUGCUGCUGCUGCUGCUGCAGUAGCUGCUGCUGGAGCUGCUGGAUUCGCGGUGGGACUUGGAGUGGGAGUUGUGGGCACACUUGUUGUUAUUAGAUUCCUAUUAAACCUCGCUGUGAACAUACGAAGUUUCCUGGAUAUGGUAAAAGGAUGCGGCACGUUUCUAUCGUUACCCUUCAGGGGAGUCCUUGGCUAUGUGCAAAAUUUAUUUAAUAUUCUUCUCAAAGUGCUCAAUGUGUGUCCUACUCCUCUCAUAAACGAUGUCGGCUCCGGCCGCGGCCUUGGAGCAUCUCUGGCAGCAGCUUUCGGUCUAGGGCCGAAAGUUAAUCCUGCUGAAGGAGUUCCUAUAAGUCUUCCUGGCUCUAUUGGAGGACACAUUUCUAUCGAUCGACCUGAUCUUGUUCCUGGCGCCCCACCUGGACUUCCUCCUGGCUCUCAGCCUGGAGUUUAUACUGUCUCUCAACCUGGCAUUCUAGUUGACCCCAAACUUAAACUUGGAUUGCUUAGACCACGAGAGCUUACUUUAGGGCUUAAAGCAAGGAUUGAUGAAAAGCUUCAACGGCGGAUUGGCGUUGCUGGUGGCGUAGGUGGAGGUGUUACUGGUAGCCAAGUAUUUGGCGGCGUUGAUUUUGCUGCGGGUACUUGUCCCAGUCUAGUGGCCGAUAAAGGUGUUGGCCAACCUUCCGAGCAGUGCAACAGAUACGCUUCUCAAUAUUUCCCAUCGAUUAUUCGGGCAAUUAUCAAGGCUGCUGUCGCCAUUGUGCUCCCUCCUUGGCCUGGAGCGUCGAAAUGCGAGAAAGAAAGUCGGGCAAUGCUGUUGCCAGUAUUGACACAGGCAAGGACAUGUAUUGCAGCUGCACCGCCAGUUGACAGGAGAUGUCCGUAAACCCAAUAAAAACUGAAUGAAU